CGAUCGCGAUCGUCGUCCGAAAUUCUUCGGACUCGGCAACACCAUGGUAUACGACCUCCCUGCAUAUAAAUAGCUCUCCAAUGCUUCAAAGUCGUGACUGGUAACCGACUCCAGUUCUCAAUUUCCAAGUGUCAAUCAUGUCUCAAAUCUAUCUCAUUACCGGUUGCUCGUCGGGACUCGGUUACGAAUUCGCCCGUCAGGCACUCCACCGAGGCCAUAAAGUCAUCGCGCUUGCUCGCGAUAUUGCCAAGCUUGCCCCUCUGCAAGAGCUUGGCGCAGCGACGCUCACACUCGAUGUGACAACAUCGCAGGAGGAAUUGGAUCGAACAGCAACAGCGGCCCUUGCGAUUUAUGGCAGCGUCGAUAUACUGGUGAACAAUGCAGGCUACACGCUCUUCGGAGCGGUAGAAGAUCUCAGGUAUGGUUUGAUUCGGGGUAAGAAAAGGUGCAUUGUUGACCGUAUGAGUAGCUACGAUGAAUGUCUUAGGGAAUUCCGGACAAAUGUGUUCGGGCCAAUAGCUCUCACUCGUGGCCUGCUGCCUCAUUUUCGUCGACGCCGUGCGGGAACGAUCGUCAACAUCGGUUCCCUCUGUGCAUGGGAGACAUACCCGGGUGUGGGUGUUUAUAGUGCUUCCAAGGCGGCUUUUCGAUAUUUCACCGAGGCGCUUGCCCAAGAGACCGCCGGCACAGGCAUAAGAACCCUUUUGGUCGAACCCGGCCAAUUUCGUACAGAUCUCCUGAGCCCCCGGAACAGCACGUUUGUCGAGACCAAUAUUCCAGAGUAUCGAGACCUGACGGCUGCUUCGUUCGCAAACUUCCGCAAUGCUCACGGCAAGCAACGGGGUGACCCAACAAAAGCCGUGGCUCGUGUUUUGGAUGUCAUCCACGGCGAGAACGAGGCCAGUGGCCGAGAUUGGCCGGGAGAAUUGGCGCUGGGCCCCGAUGCAGUGGAAGCCAUCCGAAACAAAUGCGAGCGAACCUUGAAGCGGUUGAAUGAGUGGCAAGUUUUCUCAUCGGAGACCGACGCUGGAUGUGGUUAGCUCGAGAUAAGCCGGCGUUGUAGUGAUUUGUCUUUGAAAGGAAGCUGCUGCAUGACUUGGUCGAUGCAGGCGAGAGAGGACUCGAAACCCUGUCAAUUACAUCAUAAUCAUGGCUGGCCACCUUGGUCACACUGCAGAAACUUCCGCAGCGCUGAACAGUUCGUCGCCCUAAUAUAGAAGUUUGCGGGUCGGCCAACUUCGUGCAAUGCUGGGUGGAAAGACAGGGUGAGGGAAGCUGUAAAUAAACCGCAUUGAUUAGCAGUUAGGUCCAAUAUAGCCCAACUAUUCAAAAUAGCGACACGUCGGUGCAUCAGCUAUCGCAGACCGUAAUAGGCUAGCCGAGGUUGUAGUUGGUUUCGCUCACGGUGUGUGCCUUGCGUCUG